AGGAAUUGGCUGCCGCAACUGUUUCCAUCUUUCACCUGCUGUUAUCGCCUUAACUUUCUUUUCUUUUCUUUGCCUUUUUAUUUUACUUUUUUCCCCAUAAGAUAACGAUUUAUUUCUCCUAAUCCACUUCAACAACACCAUUAAUCUCACCACCGAUGGUGCCCGCUCCGAUUGUCCUCCUUUAGACUCUACACUUCAGGAACUUCUUGCGAUCGGCUUGCGAUAGCGCCGCAUUAACCUCCCGAACCAGCUCAACACUGUCCCAUUGUCAGCUCUUCAUAUCUGACUUCGCUGAAUAGCACACAAUGGUUGGGAAGAAAUCUGGAAAGGCUCUCCUUCGAGAUGAGGGCCUUGAGAGAACGGACAACAAUAUGGAAUUGUCGAGCUGGCCUCAGGUCCCACCCAUCAACCAAAAGAACUAUUAUACCGACUAUCUUAAGAGAGAUGACCAGUAUCUGGCAUUUCGAUUACAAAAUGAGGAGGCACGGAACCGUAUGACCAAAACAGCCAAAGACCGGGAUCGUGCCCUAGCUAUGGCAAAAGCAAACGACCUCGGUAUCCCAGAGGCCGAUGCGGACGAUGGCGACACCAAUAUGGAUGAUGGGGAGGAGAGUACAACAGAAGCUCUUGGGUCGAAGGUCAUUGUUAUACAUGUCGGCAGCCAGAACCUGCGAAUCGGUCUUUCCAGUGAUGCAUUACCGAAAACCGUUCCGAUGGUGAUUGCGCGCAAGUCUACAACCAGCGAAAGUGAGGACCGCGAAGAGCCUUGCCCGAAACGAUUGAAGACCGAUGAUGGCUUCGAGUUGGAGCCGGAGAAAAUGUUUGGUCCAGAGUUCUCCUCACAAUACACCACGAUGGCGGCAGAGCUCAAAGCGCAUAUGCGACAAAAUAAACGCAGAACGCUCCCCAACUCCAAGGAAAUGGUUAUCAACUACAACCGAAGGACCGUGCCAGAUACCAUUUCGGAGCACAAUGACCCAAUGCGGAUAGACUGGACGGAGCUCCCGGACCCUGCACCGGAGUACAUUGUAGGCCAGCAAGCUUUGAGAAUCCCGGAUGCAUCGAAACCUCGCUAUAAGCUCUACUGGCCAAUGAAAUAUGGUUGGUGUAAUGAAGGGGACUACAACAGCAAAAGACUACUUUUCCUGGACAUCUCGUUGAUUCUCGAAGAUGCAAUCAAGACCCAGCUGGGCAUUACGAGCAAAAAGGAGUGGACACAGUACUCUUGUGUAUUUGUCAUUCCAGAUCUUUACGAGAAGUCUUACGUCACACAAGUCCUCGAAAUGCUCAUGAGGGAGUUUGCAUUUGCUCGCGUCUGCUUCAUUCAGGAAAGCUUGGCUGCCACAUUUGGAGCGGGAUUCACGUCAGCCUGUGUGGUCGAUAUUGGUGCGCAGAAGACUUCGAUAUGCUGUGUGGAAGAAGGAAUGUGUAUAGAAAACUCGCGAGUGAAUCUGAAAUACGGUGGGGCAGAUGUGACAGAAGCAUUCAUCAAAAUGAUGCUGUACGAUCAUUUCCCCUAUGCGGAAAUUGAUCUAUGGCGUCGGUACGACUUUUUGCUAGCCGAGGAGUUGAAGAAGAGCGUUUGCACCAUGAACGAAGCUGGUGUCUCCGUACAGGUAUACGAUUUCCACCUUUGUGUCGCCGGCCAAGAUACCAAAAAGUACACAUUCAAAGCCUAUGAUGAGGUUCAUCUGGCCCCCAUGGGAUACUUCCAGCCAUCAAUCUUUGACAAUUCACAAAAGCUUAAAGGACGAAGGGAAUUGAUAUCCCGGUCGGUGGACAUCUAUGACGGCCAACCAAACGACCCAACCUCUGCGGCGCAGUCAGAAAUCUUGUCAGCCAUCGCCCCUCCUUCCACCAAUAGCCAGGUGAAUGGCGAUGCCCAGUCAAAUGCUUUGGAUGUACAGUCGACCCCGAGCCGCUCUCAUCAAGUCAAUGCCCUGAGCCGUGUACAGGAAGUAGAGGCUACUCCUCGAUCUUCUGUUGCCGGCUCGCCCGUACCAGAGACUCCUCAAGCUGGGGGUGCUGGAACACCUAUGGCUGGGGGACAAGGUCAAAUCACAUCGCAGCCUCGUGCACCGACCGUUGAAGAACGGGAUGAUAUCCUCCCAACAUUCCCACUUGAUAACGCAAUCCUUACAUCUAUUGCGCAUGCUGCUCGGUCUGAUGAACGUAAAAUGCGCGACUUCCUUGGUGGUAUUAUGGUUGUCGGAGGUGGAAGUUUGAUCAACGGUUUUCACUUGUACCUCGAGGAGCGGCUGCAGGCCCUUAGACCAGGAUUUGCCAAAGAGAUCAUGAUUGGCACACCCCCUCGAGAUCUUGAUCCUCAGGUUGUGGUAUGGAAGGGCGCAAGUGUGUUUGGCAAAUUGAGUGGAACCAAUGACAGCUGGAUUGGGCAGUUGGAGUACGACAGGCUCGGUCAUAGGCUAAUGGCUUACAAAUGCAUGUGGUCUUAUUGAUUCAUCGUUUUUCCUUUGAGAUUAUUUGCUAUCAUUAUCUCUUUAUACUCUAUAGGAUGGUAUUACAUUAUGGGAUGCCUUUGUUAGAAGGAUUUGUACUUCAGAUAAUUGGUUAGGCAUGAACCAUUACUUUCUGGAAGAUUUGGACAUUAUCAUCUGUAGAUCAAGU